AUGGGUGCCAUUACUUAUGAUAUGGAGAUCACUUCAUCAAUCCCAGCCGGGAAGUUGUUCAAGGCCUUUAUCCUUGACUCUGACAACCUCAUCCCCAAGAUCCUGCCUCAAGCUAUCAAAAGCGUCGAAAUCCUUGAGGGAGAUGGUGGAGUCGGAACCAUCAAGGUUAUCACUUUUGGGGAAGGCAGCCAGUUUAAGAGCGUCAAGCACCGUGUUGACAAUGUCGACAAUGAAAACUUGACAUAUAGCUACAGCAUCAUUGAAGGGGAUGCUCUGAUGGACGUUCUGGAGUCGAUCACUUACCAUAUCAAAAUUGUUCCGACUGCUGAUGGAGGAUCUAUCUGCAAGAGCAGGAGCAUUUACAACACCAAGGGUGAUGCCAAGAUUUCCGAGGAGAAAAUCAAGGAAGGUAAAGAAAAGGCCGUGGGAAUUUUCAAGGCUGUCGAGGCUUAUCUCCAAGCCAAUCCUGAUGCCUAUAAUUAA